GCGGCGCGUUCGGCAGCGGCGCCCGCAGCGCCCCGCACCAUGCGCUGAGCCGCCUCGGCUGCCGGUUGCCAUCCCAGCGCUUCGACUGAUCGCUUUGGUUUGGUGGUUGUUGUUGUUUUUCCCCCGCCCGUUCGCGGUGUCGGUGCCCCCGGCGAUGGGCGCGGCGGGCGGGCGCUCCGCGGGGCGCUGAGCGGCCGAGGUGGGGGGGGGGGGGGACGCGAUGGCCGCCAAGGACAACCCCUGCAGGAAGUUCCAGGCCAACAUCUUCAACAAAAGCAAGUGCCAGAACUGCUUCAAGCCUCGCGAGUCGCACCUGCUCAACGACGAGGACCUUAACCAGGCCAAACCCAUUUAUGGUGGCUGGCUGCUGCUGGCCCCAGAAGGAACGGACUUUGACAACCCUGUCCAUCGCUCCCGGAAAUGGCAGCGUCGGUUCUUCAUCCUCUACGAGCACGGGCUGCUGCGCUACGCCCUCGACGAGAUGCCAACAACCCUCCCACAGGGCACCAUCAACAUGAACCAGUGCACGGAUGUGGUGGAUGGGGAGAGCCGGACAGGGCAGAAAUUCUCCUUGUGCAUCCUGACGCCAGAGAAGGAGCACUUCAUCCGGGCUGAGAACAAGGAGAUCAUCAGUGGGUGGCUGGAGAUGCUGAUAGUCUAUCCAAGGACAAACAAGCAGAAUCAGAAGAAGAAGAGGAAGGUAGAGCCCCCAACUCCCCAGGAGCCCGGUCCUGCGAAGAUGGCCGUGACCAGCAGCAACAUCCCCAGUGCGGAGAAGGUCCCUGCCACCAAGUCCACGCUUUGGCAGGAAGAAAUGAGGGGCAAAGACCAAGCAGAUGGGAGCAGUGGCAUCAGCCCAGCGCAGAGCCCGGUGCAAGGUCAGGCUGGGGCUGCAAGCUCCCUGAAAGAUCCCAUGCUGGACAGCAAGGAAGAUGAGAGCUCCAUGAAUGGAGACCGGAUAGACUGUGGGCGGAAGACACGUGUUGAAAGUGGGUACUUUUCCUUGGAGAAGACCAAGCAAGACUCGAAGCUGGAAGAGCAGCAGCUGCCGCCCCCACCAAGCCCACCCAGCCCCAGCACCCCGAACAACAGCUUCUCUCUGAACUCCUUGGACUCGAAGAGCAGUUGCCCCAUCCACAAGGACUCCAGCAGCAGAGAUGUAGGAAGGGGAGCUGAAAAAUCGGGGCGUCCCCUUUCUUUUAAAGCCAGCCGGCAGUACACCACCCUGGCCGACGUUCCCAAGGCCGUUAGGAUCAGUAAUCGUGAGGCCUUCCAGGUGGAGAGGAAGCGGCUAGAGCGGAGAACCCGGGCCCGUAGCCCUGGGAGAGAAGAAGUGGCCCGGCUCUUUGGCAAUGAGAGAAGGCGAUCGCAGGUCAUUGAAAAAUUUGAGGCAUUAGAUAUUGAGAACGCAGAGCACAUGGAAACGAAUGUGUCGGCUGGUGCUGCCCUUUCCAGUGACACACGGCAGGGCAGGAGUGAGAAGAGGGUUUUCCCACGGAAACGGGACUUCACUUGCGAAGGUGCAGCUGUAGGCUCCAUAUUGGAUGUGUCUGCAUCUCCCCUAUCCCCGCAUCGCAGAGCAAAGUCGCUGGACAGAAGGUCCACGGAGUCCUCUAUGACGCCCGAUCUGCUGAACUUCAAGAAGGGCUGGUUGACUAAGCAGUACGAGGACGGGCAGUGGAAGAAACACUGGUUUGUGCUGACAGACCAGAGCCUGAGAUACUACCGCGAUUCAGUGGCAGAGGAGGCAGCUGACCUAGAUGGAGAAAUCGAUCUAUCAACAUGUAGCGAUGUUACCGAAUACCCAGUUCAGCGAAACUACGGCUUCCAGAUCCAUACGAAGGAAGGGGAAUUUACUCUCUCUGCCAUGACAUCAGGCAUUCGUCGCAACUGGAUCCAGACCAUCAUGAAGCACGUUCGCCCCACCACUGCCCCCGAUGUAACAAGGAAAAACUUCUCUUUGAAACUAUCCGUGCUGAAGCCCAGCUCCCUGCCGGAAGAGAAAAGCAAGACCAGCUCUUCCUUUGAGACUGGUCCAAAGCCAAGCGAGAAGCCGGAUGCGGAACAAGCUGAGCUGGACCCAGAGCAGAAGCGGAGCCGUGCCCGGGAGCGCCGGCGAGAAGGACGGUCCAAGACCUUUGACUGGGCUGAAUUUCGCCCCAUCCAGCAAGCCCUGGCACAGGAGCGUGCGAACGCUGCAGACUCCUCCAAGAGCGGCUCUGCCGCCUUCCCCAGGGAUUCCGGUACCACUGACACUGACCCAGGAGAGCUGGAGCGGGAGCGGGCCCGGCGGCGGGAGGAGCGGCGCAAGCGCUUCGAGAUGAUUGAUGCUGUGGAUGGGGCAGGGUCAGAAGAGGCACUAAGGAUGGAGGUGGACCGGAUCCUGCCCAUCCCAGCGGACAUCAAACCACAGAAUGUCCAUGUGGAGAUCGAGCAGCGCUGGCACCAGGUGGAGACCACCCCGCUGCGGGAGGAGAAGCAGAUCCCCAUCACACCCUUGCACCUUGCCCACACUGAGGACCGGGACGAGGGGCUGACGAAGCAGCACUUGACCACGCUGCUGGAGAAGGAGCUGGAGCAGAAGCAAAAGGAGGCCCUGGAGCUCCUGGAGCAGAACCGGCACCUGCAGGACCAGCUGAAAGUGGCACUGGGCCGGGAGCAGAGCGCCCGGGAGGGCUACGUGUUGCAGACCGAGGUGGCCGCCUCGCCAUCAGGUGCCUGGCAGAGGCUCCACAAAGUCAACCAAGACCUCCAAAGCGAGCUGGAAGCCCAAUGUCAGCGUCAAGAGCUGAUCAAUCAGCAGAUUCAAUCGCUGAAGCGCAGCUAUGCCGAGGCCAAGGACGUGAUCCGGCACCACGAAGCGGAGAUUCAGAGCCUGCAGGCAAGGCUCAGUAACGCAGCAGCCGAGCUCUCCAUCAAGGAGCAAACCCUGGCCAAGCUCAGGAGCGACCUGAGGAGCGAAAAAGAGAAAGCCAAAGAGCAGCUGGAGGAGUGGCAGCACAGCGAGGCUGCGCUCAGCUCCCAGCUAAAGGCCAGCGAGCAGAAGCUGAAGAACGCAGAGGCUCUGCUGUUGGAGAAGACCCAGGAGCUGCGGGACCUGGAGAUGCAGCAGGCUUUGCAGAGGGACCAUCAGAAGGAGGUGCAGCGGCUCCAAGACAGGAUUGCAGACCUGAGCAGGCAGCUGAAUGCUAGCGAGCAAGCACGGAUCCUCAUGGAGGAGAAGCUGCAGAAGAAUUAUGAGGCUUUGCUGGAGAGCUGUGAGAGGGAAAAGCAGGUUUUGAUACGGAGUCUGAAGGAGGUGGAGGAUAAGGCCAAUGAGUAUGAGAACCAGCUGCAAAAUACCGAGCAGCAAAUGGAGGUUCUGCAGAAGGAGAAGCUGAAUGCAAAGUUUGAAGGCAGCGAGCUUGUCCACCAGCUGGAGGAGCAGCUGGUGAUGAAGGAGGCCAGCAUCCAGAAACUCGCAGAGCACAUCAGGGAGCUUGAAAGAGAGAGAGAUCAGAUCAAAUGUCGAUUCCACGAGCUCAUGAAUCAGGUCACCGAGUCAGAUAAUGAAGUUGCAAAGCUGCAAGCAAAGUUGAAAAUGGAAGAGACCAACUACCGCAAUCUAGAGCAAUCGUUUGAGGAGGUGUCGGAUCAGUUCCAGGGUGUGCAGAAGGUGCUGAAAGAAAAAGAAGAAGAGCUGAGACACGUUAAGGAAAUGCACCUGAGAAUCGUGGAGAAGAAAGAUCAAGAUCUCAGUGAGGCGUUGGUUAAAAUGGUUGCUUUAGAUAGCAGUUUAGAGGAGACUAAGGUAAAGCUAAAGGCCAAGGAGGAGGCUUUAAAGAAAUUAGCUAGUGUAGGCACAGGUCCAUGUGCUGAGGAGGUAGAAGAGCUUGGCCCCAGUCUCGAGGCUGAUGAAAGUCAUCCAUCCCAACUGGGGCAGCCUCUGCAAACUCAGGAUGUCCUCCCAGCUCUGACUUACGCGCUGAAGGAGGAGGAGGAGGAGGAGAUUCUUGAGACCAGCCAGAGGCAGGCAGAGGAAUUCGGCUCCCCAUCCAAAGCUGUAGAGCUCCAGCACCAAGAGUUAGUUCAGAAGGCCUUAGCAAAGCCUGAUGUAGGAAUCAUGGGGGCCAAGAGGCAAAGAAUUCGUUUCUCGAGCAUCCAGUGCCAAAAAUACAUCCAUCCAGAUGGAUCAGAGAAAAACUGGACAAGCAGCACUUCUUCAGACACGAGCCAAGACAGAUCACUGUCUGAAGAAAGCAUGUCAUCAGAGCCAGCUCUUGGUUACCCGUCAUCGGGGGCAAGCGACUCUGAGACCUAUCUCUCAAUCAUCCAUUCUCUGGAAACCAAACUUUAUAUUACAGAGGAAAAACUCAAAGAUGUAACGAUGAAGCUGGAGAGCCAGCAUGGCCAUAAUCAGGAGACACUCAUCGCCCUCCACCAUCAGUGGGCCAGCACUGAGACUCAGCUGCGGGAACAACUUCAGACCAGCUUAUCCCAAGUCAGUGCUUUGAUCUCACAGCUGGAGAGCGAGAGGCAGGAAAAGUUGAAGCUCAUAGAAAAUCACAUUAGCGAGCUGGGAGGUUUCCAAAUGAAAAAUGAUCAAGCGCUGACUUGCUUAGAGAAGUGCAGGGAACAACUAAGAUCUUUGCCCAAAUCAGACAAGGAACAAAAGGGUGAUUUGUUCCUUGUUACUCUGUCCAGCAUGGAAACAACCUUAUCAAACGCAGUCCAAGCCUUGAGAGGGGCGCCAGUCCCGUCGGAGUAUCAGCAGAGUGAAAGCCUUAUCACGGAAAGCCCUCCUUCAGAAGGAGGUUUCUUGGGAGAAGAGGAGCACGUCUCCAAGGAGCAGCAAGUGGAGAUGUUUGACGCUGGCCAGCUGAGAUGGCUUUCUGAGAGAGUGGCAUUUGAGGCCUCUCUCAUCAGCCAAAUAGCGGAUUCUUUGAAAAAUGCAAGCUCUGAGAUAUCUCAGCUUCUGAGAGAGAUCCAAGGAACGGCUGAGGAUGUUUUGAUGGAGCCAGCAAAUGUUUCUCGUACAACAGUGGACUUGGCCAGCGUCCUAUCUAAGAAGCUGCUGCUGGAAGGGGAAUUCUGGAGCCAGGUGGAGAAGCUGAGAGUGCACUUGAGCACUAGAGAAGGAGAAGGUGAGGGCAGAACAGAAACAACAGCUUUGGGCUUUUCUCCAUGUUUUCUCAGUGCUGUAGCAGAUGCUACGCUGAUCAAGGCAGAACUUGGAUUUGUCGCACAGAAAAUGAGAGAAUCUUUUCAUCAGAGAUUAAAAACAAUUGAAGAAGACCUCCACGAUACCAAAACAGCUCUCCAGCAGCAUAAAUGCAUGUUGGAGGAGAUCAUCAAAGCAUACAGGACUCCUGAUUUUGACAGAAUUAUGCACCAGAUUUCUGAAGCACUUGAAAUUCAAAAAGAUGCUUCAGAAAGAGCCCAAAUAUCCUGGGAUGGGAGCCAUCUCCAAAUGGUGCCGUGUCAGGAAUUGGGCAAGGCAGAGGAGACUGGAAGCCUGCCAGUCCAUAGGAAUGAAGGUCUUGUUUCCAUUCAGGAAGAUCUUGCCCAACAACUAAAGGACAAAUCAAAUGUUCUGAAGGAAAUAUCUGUUGCCUUACUCUCUCUGCCUCCUGAGGAGGCAAUGAGAGACUGUCAGAAGCUGCUGAAGAUAUCUCAGAGUCUUUCUUAUCAUUCGUGCAUGGGAGACCUUGAACGGUAUUCCUCUUUGUUAGUCCAAGAUGCAAUUGUUCAGGCUCAGGUUUGUUAUGCCUCUUGCAAAGUCCGCCUGGAGUACGAGAGGGAGCUGAAGUCCUUCAAGGAGUCUUUGCAGAGCAUGGAUGCGCUCUGCCAAGAGCGUGUGAAGACAGUCUCUCUCCUUCGGGAUGAAUACGAAGACUUGCUUAGAAAGCAACAGGGUGAGUAUGGUGAGCUGAUCGCCAUGCUUGAACGGGAGAACGCUGAUCUCAAAGCAAAGGUGUCCCAGCUUGACAGUCAGCGAAGGCUCUUAGAGGAAGAAGAGCAUAAACACAGCAAGAGCUUGAGUGAACUGCAGGGACGGUACGAAGAGGAGAUUCGAAACGUGAUAGAGCAACUAAACAGGACAGAGGAUGCUCUGAAGGCUGAGAGGACAGAGGGCCUCAACCAGCUGGAUGCUAUCAUCCGUGACAAGCAGAACAUGGAGCAGUAUCACCUGGAGCAGAUGCAAAUGCUGGAGGACAAAUUCCAGGCCAAGAUCAAGGAGCUGCAGGUCAUCCAUGGCGAGGAGCUGCAGGCGUUGCAGGAGCACUACAGCCAGAACUUGCAACGCCUGCAGGAGACCCUGGAUGAGUACCAGAGGCAGCACCCAGAGGAAUCUCCUGCUGUGGGCCCGGGUGGUGGGGAUGCCUGGGUGGCUGGUGAGGUGGGUGACACCGGGCAGGGCCCCGGCGGUGACCUGGACUCCAUGCACGGCCUGAGGGAACGCAUCCAGGAGCUGGAGGCCCAGAUGAAUGUCAUGAGGGAUGAGCUGGAGAACAAGCAUCUGGAGGGGAACGCUUCCACCUUGAGGGAAAAAUACCAGAAAGACUUUGAAAACUUAAAGGCAACAUGUGAAAGGGGCUUUGCAGCCAUGGAGGAGACACACCAGAAGAAGAUCGAGGACCUGCAGCGGCAACACCAGCGGGAGCUGGAGAAGCUGCGGGAGGAGAAAGACCGCCUGCUGGCAGAAGAAACGGCUGCCACCAUUUCAGCCAUCGAAGCCAUGAAGAACGCACACCGGGAGGAGCUGGAGCGAGAGCUGGAGAAGUCCCAGCGCUCCCAAAUCAGCAGCGUCAAUGCCGACAUCGAGGCCCUCCGAAGGCAAUACCUGGAGGAGCUGCAGUCGGUGCAGCGGGAGCUGGAAGUGCUUUCGGAGCAGUAUUCGCAGAAGUGUUUGGAGAACGCCCACCUGGCGCAGGCGCUGGAGGCUGAGAGGCAGGCCCUCCGCCAGUGCCAGCGGGAGAACCAGGAGCUCAACGCCCACAACCAGGAGCUGAAUAACCGCCUGGCUGCGGAGAUCACGCGAUUGCGGACCCUGCUGACGGGGGAAGGCGGGGGAGAGGCUGCUGGAUCGCCUCUCACGCAGGGCAAGGAUGCCUACGAGCUGGAGGUCCUGCUGCGGGUCAAAGAAUCAGAAAUCCAGUACCUGAAGCAGGAGAUCAGCUCCCUCAAAGACGAACUGCAGACGGCACUGAGGGAUAAGAAAUACGCCAGCGACAAGUACAAAGACAUCUACACGGAGCUGAGCAUUGUGAAGGCCAAGGCAGACUGUGAUAUCAGCAGGUUGAAAGAGCAGUUGAAAGCAGCCACAGAAGCUCAGGGAGAGAAAUCCCCUGUGAACACCACUGUAUCGGGAUAUGAUAUUAUGAAAUCAAAAAGCAACCCUGAUUUCUUGAAGAAAGACAGAUCCAGUGUUAGCCGGCAACUAAGGAAUAUCAGGUCAAAGUCCGUUAUUGAGCAGGUCUCAUGGGAUAACUGAAAUGAACCCGAGUCCAGGUUCCCUGCCACGUAGAGUCUGAAGGAAGGCCUGACCGUGCAAGAACGCCUGAAGCUUUUUGAAUCCAGGGACUUGAAGAAAGACUAGUUCUCCCCGCUCCGCUUGACCACGCGCACCUCCCAGCUUGAGGCAGCACAGCACCAGCACCGUUUGUCUCUCGUUCCUUAGGACUGUCCUUGCUGUCGUUCAUCUUGACGCUCUCGACGGGACCCGGCGCCGCGGUGGUGGUGCCGCCCCUUCGCCUCCCCUGCACCUUUCCCUGCUUGUGAGAUGCUCCAGAGACUCUGAGAGGGAGAGGAAGGGAUCGGGGUGGGGUUUUUCCCCCCCCUCUCUUCAGCGCUUUGUAGGAGAAUCCUUCCUUUACUGUAAACCAUUACACUAAGUGUCAGUAUUAAGGCUCAGUAGCCUGUUAAUAAGCUAGCUCUGUCGUACCAGCUGUUUGGUAUGCAAGCAGGGCCUGGGUGGUAUCGGCCGUACUUUAGCUCUUACUGCUGUCAAGAGACCCAGUGCUCAGAGCCCGCAGGAGCCUAAUCUAACCCUUGAUCUUGAUUGCGUUACUUGCACCUACAAGGGGGGAAAGCCUGGGGGAAGCUGUCGAGGAGCGCAAGUCCAUGCCGGCGUACGCAGCCUGGGGGUAUAACACUGACGUCUCGCUGGAUGCAAGAAAUGAUUCUCCUGCCCCAUGACUGUGCCGUAUCCUGAAUGUAGGCGACACUGAAGCCCGGUAAGCUUUGGUGGCUGCCCGGGUGGUUUUGGAUAGGGAGCUGCAGAUACUCACGUGCACCGUCGAGUCCGCCCCAUCGGCGUGUCUUUGCCUCCUGUCUCGCUGGUGGUCGGAGUCGAUGUUUCGGGGCCACACUGUAAGAUCACUUUCUUGCCUCUGUUAGAUCAAGCCCAGCACUCUCUUUUUUGCUGUUACUCCCUUCCUCUCAUUGAGUCCCGUGUAUCCCAGGGUCUGUGCGCAUGUGAAACUCCCUUUUCCUAGUCAAAGGAAAGUAGAGUAGAAAGUAGAGCCAAUAUUGACUGAAAAUGCACAGUGCUCAAUGCAUAUAACGCUCCUUUUUUAUCAGCUUCUUGAAUUCAACUCUUCUUGUCAGCAGGGCAGCUCCUAUUUUAAUUCUUUAAUCUUUUCCUGAAAUAAAGAUCUCAAAACCACUAUGUGCUUCAGACCUUCUCAGUCCUAAUAGCUUUUGUAUUUAAAGCAUACGAUUUAGCACCGUGAGGCUGACAAACGGAUACAAACUGAAGUCGAGGGAGCUGGUAGCACUAGGCGCAGCACAUAGCCAGCCGAGCAGAUCUUGUCUUCCUUCAAGAAGCCUACGCUGCUUUGCAACAUCAGAGCUGCCCAGGCACGAUGGCUUCAUCCAGGGCUAAUGAGAUCAUUUGAAGAUGCCACCUGUAAAGACCCCAGGUCCCGCUGCGCUGAUCGCCCUGGCCAGGGCUGAAGCUCUGGCACAUUGACUUCUCAGCCCUCUUCAGCCACCAAGCAAACCCCAGCACGUGGCGUUGCGCUGUUAAAAAUACACCGGAGCCUUCAUGUCGAGCAAAGCUUCCUCCUGUCUUUGAGCUACUUAACAUGUGGUUGAAGCUGGCAGCUCUGUGCUUUCAUGGCUGAUUUUGGGUCCGUUACGACCUCACAGCAAACUCACCAGUCCUGGCACGGUGAGCACCGCGGCGCUGGUGUCAACCUUCUCCAAUGCUGCCAAGUUGAACCACAGAGUUCACCCUCAUCCUCUCACUUGGAGCAGUGAGUCUUGCAGCCGCCAGACCUUCAGGAGGAGAUGGUGCCAUCUAACCACGGGGUGAAUCAGGCUCUUGUCCAGCUUGUGUGGCCUUGCCAUGGCCAAGUGCUCAGCUUGACCCAUCCCAGUGCACAGCAGCCAUCCGGUCCUGUCCAUAGGAGCCCCACUUGUCUCCAGCCAAGAUGCCACCACCGUGCAGCAGGCAGAGUGUGUACCGGGAUGUUCUGCUGCUGCGAUGCUCUGUGCCUGAGUGUAUGUGGAGCGCUGGACAUAGGAGCAGGGUAGGAAAGAUGCUCAACCACUUCAAUGCAAAGGCUUUUCCCUGAUCAGCAGGCAUGUGCUCUCCAAGAUGUUUCAAUGUACAGCCACUCGCCCUAACCCGAGCUCACUGUAGUGCUUUCCAUAAUCCAAGCAUUGGAGGACCCAGGAGCCUUCCCAGCCAUGAAUCACAUGGAUCACCUCUCCAAUCAGCCAUCAGCCUCUCCCAGGAUUCUUGGUGCUGCUCUUUGCAUUGCUUUUGCUUUCACCCAUCCGUCAGCAGCCUUGGUCCUCCUCCCAUCCCACCAUGGAGAAACGUGACCUGUGCACCCAAAGCUGCUCACCAUGAGCUUCUCAUCUGUGUGAUGAAAAUCCAGACUGGAGAGCCUCAAAGUGGAAACGGUCACCUUAGUGCUGUCCCAGGACUGUGGAAAUAACUGCUCUCACCACACUGAGGUAGCUAAUGGCCGUCUGGAGCAUAGGGAGUUGUUGAUAAAGUUGUUGUCUUGGUAAUGCUUAGCAGUGGCUUUUUGUAGCCAUGGCAUGGGGUCCUGCUUCUCGUCCGGCUGAGGAGAUCCAGAUGCAGUUCUCCCUGGUUGUAGCCCUUCCCAAAUUCAGCCUUCUCCAGGUCAAGUGUGUGUGUUGUACUUAAAAAUCCACUUCUGGAAGAGAGUCCUUUGUCACUAGUUGUGUGCAUGGUUUUUUUCUCUCUCUCUGACGGUAUCUGGCAUUUGACUGCAGUGAGAGCUCUGGGUCUCCAGUUUAACCUCAUGGUUGGGUGGAGGGUGUGUGUUCGGGUCCCCAUGCUCGAAGCAGCUGGGAACGUGACACUUCAGUGGCUCCUAUGAGCAGUUAGAGGCAGUCUUUAAGUUCAAGCAGGGUCAGCAACAGCUGCUAAGUGGAGGUGAUUGCAGGACCGGCAGAGAUGUCAGUGCUGUGGCCCCGGUUCUUCUAAAUUUGGGCUGUUACUUGGGUGGAAAGGUGACUCCACCUGCUGUGUUCUGUAUAUUGUGUACGUCUUUCUGCAUAUGCCCAGGGGUGGUCGCUGGGCCCCAGUGCCUCGCUUGGUCCCAUCCACAGCCAUCUGCCCAGCUCUUGGCAGAGAUAACCUUUACACUUCAUCCCUGGGUGCUCCAGGUUCACGGUGAGCUCUGCUCUCUGCCACCUGUGCUCUUCUAGCAGAGGCCUUGGGACACAGCAGCAGGCUUGUCACUGACAUUGCACUUCCCUUACAAGACGUCACUGGCUUCAGGAGGCUGCACUCAUCCUCCUCUUCUCUCAAGACAUAUGGUGGGACUUUGUCCUUUUUAGCCAACUGAGCAACAUGUGCGCUAUUCUCCUUUACCAGGUGGACCCUUGACCUUUCUUACAAAUCCUGCUUUUUCCUUGCUCACUUCCUUCACUCAGAAGCAUUUACUUAGGACUUGAGGACUAGAAAUUAUCUACCUUGAUAUUUGCGUUGGCACGUCAGUGGUGUGGAGGACACAAGAUGGACUUUUUCUGCUACAGGAUCAUCCCACUGAGCAUCUUUAGACUUCCUGUGGAGGGGUGCACUCUGCUGCACUUGAUCUUAGCAAGAAAUCCUCUCUUGCUGCUUAAUGUCCUACCUGGGACAUCAGAUUGAACUUGGCAAAUAAGAGCACUUGAUGUCUUUGCUGGGGCUCCUGCUUUGAGCACCCACGGAGGGAUCGGAUGGGGUUCAUCCCCUGCUUGUGACUCAGCGUUGGUAAAUACAUUAAUGUGACUUGUUUGAAAAGGGGUGAGGAUGGGCAGAAAGGCAUCACUGUGCGUGGGCAAAGGUGGCAGCGCUUCGGUGGUGGGUGGCACAGGAGGGUAGAGGAAGGUGCGAUCAAAAUGCAGUGGUGCGGGGUGCUGCGUGAAGCACGGAGUCCUGAAGACGGGGAGAUGUCCAGAGAUGUGCUCUGUGUUUGGCUCUAAACUGCUCUGUGAAGAGAUGCUCGAGGAGUAUUCUUACUUUUAUACACAUAUAAAACCUUACUGAUGUUUAGCUGGGGGAGAAGGUGUCACCCAGGAACACUUGUACAGCUCUUCCUCCUUUCCUGUAGACGCACCCACAUGCUGAGCAAGGGGUUGUGUCCAAUAACAUCUUGUGUCAAUUCUUCACCCGAGACAACACACACGGGGUUUUGCAUCUCUCCGGUGAGGCACUACCAGGGAUUGGCAUCAGCAGGAAUGAAGC